CGCCAAGAUGGCGACUCCCAUGCACCGGCUCAUUGCUCGGAGACAAGCUGAAGCAAACAAGCAACAUGUAAGAUGUCAGAAGUGCUUGGAAUUUGGACACUGGACAUAUGAAUGCACAGGAAAAAGAAAAUACCUGCACCGACCUUCCAGAACAGCAGAACUUAAGAAAGCUUUAAAAGAAAGAGAGAAUAGAUUACUAUUACAACAAAGCAAUGGAGAAACUAACGUAGAAAGAAAGCCCAAGAAAAAAAGGUCUAAGAGUAUUACCAGUUCCAGUAGCAGCAGCAGUGACAGUUCAGACAGCGACUCUUCAUCUGAGAGUGGAGAGACGUCUACCUCAUCGUCUUCAGAUGACAGUGACACCGACGAGAGCUCUUCCAGUUCCUCCGCAUCAGCAUCCUCCACAAGCUCUUCCUCUUCCUCUGAUUCAGAUUCGGAUUCCAGCUCUUCUAGCAGUAGUAGUAGUAGCACCAGCACAGAUAGCAGCUCAGAAGAUGAACCACCAAGGAAGAAGAAAAAGAAAUAGAAUUACUGCAUCCAUAUUGGACAGAUGGACUGAAAACAAUGUGACUCUCAAACAGGAGCUUAGUAGAUGUUAAGAUCAAAGAGGUUGAUUGGUCAAAAUUUCUAGAAUCCACUUUUCUAAAUAUUUUACAUUGUAAGAGCAUAAAGAAUAAUAAUGCA